AUGGGUCGGACGUUACAAUCUACAAUAGUACCAACAUCUAAUUUUGUAUCAUCACGCUCACAUUUUUCACGUUUCAAUAUAGCUGCAUUAUUGAUAACAAAUCAUAAAAUUGUUAAAAGAAAUACUUUAAAAAAGUCAUAUUUAAAAGAAAAUCAAAAAGGUGAAAAUACAGAAAUUGGUGAAAGGAUGUCAACUUUAAGUAUAUCAAAUCCACCAUUUACAACUUUCUAUGAUAUAGGAGGUUAUAAACCAAAUAUUAAACGGAUUAAAGAUGGUAUGGAUCAGUUGGAGGAAUUUAUAAAAAUGAUAAAAGAAAGAAUUGAAUUAGAAAAUAAGUAUAUAAAAAUGUUACAAAUAUGGAAUUCUAAAUGGACUGGAUAUGUAGAUAAAGAUAUUACGGAAGGAACGUUAAAAAAUGGUUUCAAUGGUAUACUUGAAGAAAGUAAAGAGUUAUCAAAAGUUCAUUAUGAUAUGAAAGAAAGAUUUGGAGAUGAAAUUGUUAAAACAAUUGCACUUUUUAAAAAAGAAAAUCAUCAUUCAUCAACAUUUCGCGGAAUUAAAGAAAUUCGUGAAGUUGAAGAAGGUUUUGAAAAGGCUCAAAGAAACUGGAAAAAAUUAUAUGAAAAAGUUGAAUCAGCUAAAAAGAAUUAUCAUAAUGCUUGUAAACAACAAAAAUCAGCCAAUCAAGUUUUACAGGCACAACAAAAUGAUACUUCAUUGUCAUCUGAUUAUGUUGAUAAAGCACGAGAAAGACUAAUGAGGUGUCAAGAAGAUGUACAGAAGUACAAAGGAAUUUAUGAAAAAAAUUUAAAAGAAAUUUCAGAUUACAGAAGUGUUUACCUGGAAAAUAUGCAAUUUGUUUUUGAAAAAUGUCAAGGAAUGGAAUUGAAAAGGAUGAAAUUUAUAAAUGAAAUGUUAAGUGGAACACAAAAGAUCUUGGUAGAUCUUGUUAAUCCAAGGAAAUUAGUUCAAAUACAUGAAAAACUUGAAAAUACAUUUAGUAAUAAUACUACUGAUGUAUUUAAUCAAGAUCUUAAAGAAUGGUCAACCAAGUAUGGUCCUGAUUGUAUUCAUCAAUGGCCAACAUAUGAAGAAUAUAAACCUGAAUUACGACAAAUAUCAUCUAAACGCGAUACACAAAAAGAGAAUGCAGGAGUUAUUCUAACAAAAAAAAUUACUAAAGAUGAUGAAGUUAAUGUGCGAAUUCGCGAUAAAACAAAUAAUACAGUGAAAGAUAAUACUACAAUAAGACAUUCCUCUGCUGAAUUAACUACAUCAAAUGACUACUCGUGCUCAUUUAAAUCUCCUGAAAAUAAUCGUAUAAGCGAACAAAGAAAUAGAUUGUGUAAAAGUGAAUAUAUAUUAAAUGAAGAAAAUAAAUCACCAAAAAGUCCAAGAAGUAAAAUUUCUUCUCCAAAAAUAAAUAAACAAAAUUUAAAUAAAUCACCUUUCAAGGAUCCAUUUCCUAUGCCAACUCCUGAAAGGACAACUAAUAUUGAACAAAAAAGUGAAAUAACUUCACAUACACCUACUAAUUUCAAUGAUAACGGAUCAAUAAAUUCUUUAUCUACCCAGGAAAUGCAUUUUCGUUACACAGCAAAAGUUCUUUAUGACUACACACCAAUUGAAGAUGAUGAAAUUCCAUUAAUAAAAGGGGAAACUCUAGAAGUUCUUUCAGGACCUGAUGAUUUAGGUUGGUGUUACGGUGAAAAAAAUGGUUCCUCUGGCUUAUUUCCCCACAGUUAUGUGAUAAAAUUUCGAAAUACAACAUUAGAAUCUGCAGUAAAAUAA